UUUAUUUUGUCAAGAGUACGCUCAGAUAAAGAGGGUAACAACAGUGCAUUCUGGGAGAGAGCACAUCGUGCCGCGGGAGGGGUGAGGCUGGCAUUGGUCAAGACAUGGUACAGCGGGUUGCAGAGGAGGCCUACCUACGUGUAGCCGGGCCAGCUGCGCCCCAGAACCUUCCCCUCCGCUCACCUCCGACGCCGCCGACUGCGGCCAAGGGCGGCUGGGGCACGGAGCAGGGCCAGCCCCUCGUCCCUCCGCCAAACUAACGCCUGGGGAAGCAAGACCAAGGCUUCCGCGCCACUGCCCGGCGGGUUCCCACUUCAGCUCCACGCCCCCUACCCCGCUUCCGGGCCCGCGGGGGAGGGCCGAAAGAAAACGUGCACCAAUCUUUCUGUAGGCGUGGAGGACGUCUGGCCUCUAAGCCAAUCAGAGAGCUGGUGGGCGGAGCCAAGGGCGUGGGCUCGCUCCGGGAUUUAAACUUGAACGGCCGACCGUUAACGACUGCGUGGGGCGAGGGUGGGUGGUACGCUUGCGUGAGUGGGAAACAGUGGUCCGCAGUGAGCGGCGACGAGCCGACUAAACCCGCGGCAGCAGCGACAGGGGCUGGUGACGUACGCGGAGCCGGGCAGCGGUGGACAGACACUUCCUGGGACAGGGUGCGGCGGAGGCCCGAGCGCCUUCCCUGGACCGCUGCGCGUGGAUUCGCGUUCUCCUCCCUGGCCGGGCUCUUGCGGUCAAGGUUUUUCCUUUUUGUUAACUCAAAUACUGCUAGUCAAGGCAAACCAAAAUAAGGUGGCACAAUAGAAGCUAUCUUAAUUGAAGAAAUACAAUCAAUGAUUAUAUUUCACAUUGGAAGUAGAACCUGGAGACAAAUUUUUCUUACCUUAAGUAGCUGUAAUGGCAGAAAAAAGACAGCCUUAUAAUGUGGAGGAAGCAAUGGAACAACUGAUAGGACCCGGUGGACAAAAAUGGGCCAAUAUGGAUCCAGAAGAACGAAUGUUAGCUGCUGCUACAGCUUUUACACAUAUCUGUGCAGGGCAGGGCGAAGGAGAUAUUAGGAGAGAAGCCAAGGCUAGCCAGUAUGAUCCCUAUAGUAAAGCCUCUGUGACACCAGGAAAGAGACCUGCUCUUCCUGUGCAACUGCACUACCCACAUAUAAGAAGCCGCGUCACUUCAUCAACUGUUUCAGAGGCUUCUCAAAAAUGCAGAAAGCCAGUGAUGAAGAGAAAGGUUCUGCGCAGAAAGCCAGAUGGGGAAGUACUAGUGACAGAUGAGUCUAUUAUCAGUGAAUCUGAAUCGGGUACAGAAAGUGACUUGGACCUAUGGAACUUAAGACACAGGCUGAUGAACCUACAAUUUCAAGAAGGCACAGAAUCCCCAAGUGAUGCUUCUCAAAAAUAUAACCUACCACAUGAGUAUCAAGGAAUUUCACAAGAAGAUCAGCUCAUUUGCUAUCUACGAAGAGAAGAAAUGGGACCUCCUGUUUAUGAACAAGACUUGAUUGUUGCCAGCCGACCCAAGUCCUUUAUUCUCCCCAGGCUGGAUCAGUUAAGCCGAAACCGUGGCAAGAUAGACCGGGUGGCCAGAUAUUUUGAGUACAAAAGGGACUGGGAUUCAAUGCGGUUUCCUGGGGAAGAUCAUAGGAAGGAACUACGCUGGAGUGUCCGAGGACAGAUGCUUUCCAGAACAGAACCCCAGGCCAAACCUCAACAUGUUUAUGUUCCAAACAAUUACCUAGUACCAACUGAGAAGAAAAGGUCUGCCCUUCGGUGGGGUGUGCGUUGUGACCUUGCAAACGGUGUCAUACCCAAGAAGCUUCCUUUCCCUCUUUCUCCUUCUUAAGACUUUUUUUAACCUGUCUCCUUCCACGGAAUUUAGGACAACUCAGUUCUUUAUCUCUCUCCUUUUAAAUACAACUGACUUGAAAAGCCCGUAGAACAUAGGGGAAGGACUUCACUGGUCCUUCCUAAUUUUCCUAUGUCACUUAAAUUUCUAAGUUGAUAUUCUCAAAUACAGCAACUGAGGGAGGGGACUACCUGAAAUGUGGAUUUUGUCAAAGUAGUCAGUGCCAUUUUGAAAAGACUUGUAAACUGUGGUGUUUUGUUUUGGCUUCCCCCCCCCCCAUUAGUGGGCAUUAAGCUCAACUAUUAAAGAAUUUGGAAAAUGA